AUGUCUGCUGAUAGAUCAGUUCAAUCAAUUUUCAAAUUAACAAAAGCACCAAUUUAUUCUCACUGUUUCAGUGCGGAUAAGUCAAUUCUGGCAAUUACUCAUGAAAACGAAUGUUUAAUUUACAGAAUGAAUGACUCUUCUCAGCCUCAAUUGGUCGGUACUUUGAAGAAUCAUGACAAGACCGUCACUGCUGUUGAUAUUUCAGUUCAUGGCCGUAUUAUUACGUGUUCUCAAGAUCGUAAUGCGUACGUUUGGGAGCCUUUAAGUGAUGGUACCUACAAACCAACUUUAGUUCUUUUACGUAUUAAUAGAGCAGCAACUGCCGUUCAAUGGGCGCCAAAUGGUUACAAAUUUGCUGUUGGGUCUAGUGCAAGGAUUAUUGCGGUAUGUUAUUACGAACAUGAGAAUAAUUGGUGGGUUUCUAAGCAUAUCAAGAAGCCAAUUAAAUCGACUAUUAACUGCGUGUCUUGGCAUUCAAACGGUGUUUUAUUGGCUGCAGGUGGUACUGACGGCUAUAUGAGAGUCUUUUCUGGUUUCAUUAAGGGUUUGGACACCAAAGAGUCUGUAGCCAAUUCUCCGUGGGGUGAUAAGUUUCCUUUUGGUUCUUUAGUCAGAGAAGCAUAUCAAGGUGCUUACAUUCAUGAUGUUCAAUGGCGUAGCAACGUCGAACAAGUUGCUUACGUGGCACAUGAUGGUACUUUGAAUAUUUUAGAUGCCAAUAACAAUGUUUCUUCUAUCAAUGCUCCUGAUGGAUUACCAUUCAAGACAUUAUUAUGGAUCAAUGAUAAUGAGAUCCUUUGUGGUGGUUAUUCGCGUCACCCAGUCCUAUUUUCUAGGGCUUCUAAUGGUUGGAAGUUUGCAAAGGACUUGGAUAAGGGAUCUGGUAGCGCAGAGCAAGAACCAGCUGUAACUUCAAAUGGUGAAGAUGAGGAAGAAAACCAAACAUUUGGCAUUUCUGCCCUAAGAAAGUUCAAAGAAUUGGAUUUGAAAGGUAAAGUAAGCACAAACACUAAGGAAAGUGCACAUGACAAUGCAAUUGCUGGAUUUGUUCCAUUUGUUGAAUCUAAUGGACAUGUCCAGCAAGUCUCGUCCUGUGGUCUAGACGGUAAAGUCGUUACUUAUAAUAUUUGA